AUGAGACGAGGCGGUGCUGUUGUGUUGCACAUGUUUGGCAUGAUCUACAUGUUCAUUGCUCUCGCUAUUGUUUGCGAUGAGUUUUUUGUCCCCGCGCUCACGGUCAUCACAGAGAAACUCGCGAUCUCAGAUGACGUGGCAGGAGCCACCUUCAUGGCGGCCGGGGGCUCGGCUCCUGAGCUCUUCACCUCCGUCAUCGGCGUAUUCAUUUCCCAUAGUAACGUGGGCAUCGGAACCAUCGUCGGCUCUGCUGUGUUCAACAUCUUGUUUGUCAUCGGAAUGUGUGCCGUGUUCUCGAAAGAGAUCCUGAACCUGACGUGGUGGCCUCUGUUCAGGGAUGUCUUCUUCUACAUCGUCGGCCUCAUCAUGCUCAUAAUUUUCUUCCUGGAUAACUACAUCAUGUACUGGGAGAGUAUCAGUCUGCUGCUUGCCUAUGCCACCUAUGUGCUCUUCAUGAAGUUUAAUGGGAAUGUAGAGACUCUCGUCAAGGGCAUCAUUAACAGAAACCAGGUGGUGGAAGUGGAGGCCCAGCCAAAGUUGAGCCCUAGUGGAGUGGAGGAUGACAGCAAGCUGUCGGCCAAACCCCGGCUGCAGAGAGGAGGAAGCUCCGCCUCUUUACACAACACCCUAAUGAGGAACAGCAUCUUUCAUCUGAUGAUCCACACACUCGACCCUCUCAGUGAAGGAAAGUUCCGCGAGAAGGCGUCCAUCCUUCACAAAAUUGCUAAAAAGAAAUGCCAGGUGGAGGACUCAAAUGGAGUUGCUGAAAAGAAUCUGCCAAACAGCUCGAGUGUCGAGGUGGACGUGACGCCACCGAUGAAUGGCACCGCUGGACAGGACGGAGAUACGGGUGAAGAGGAUGAUGAGGAAGAUCAGCCUCUGAGCCUGUCGUGGCCCGAGUCCAAACGCAAGCGCUUCACGUAUCUCUUGAUCCUGCCCAUAGUCUUCCCUCUGUGGAUGACGCUGCCGGACGUCCGGAAGGCCAGUUCCAAGAAGUUUUUUCCCAUUACGUUCCUGGGAGCGAUCUGCUGGAUCGCGGGAUUCUCCUACCUGAUGGUGUGGUGGGCUCAUCAGGUGGGAGAGACUAUAGGAAUCACAGAGGAGAUCAUGGGACUGACGAUUCUAGCGGCGGGAACCUCCAUCCCUGACCUGAUCACCAGUGUCAUUGUGGCCCGGAGGGGUCUGGGAGACAUGGCAGUGUCCAGCUCCGUGGGCUCCAACAUAUUCGACAUCACUGUGGGGUUACCGCUCCCAUGGCUGCUGUACUCCAUUAUAAACAGUAUGAGCCCGGUUCAGGUGAGUAGCAACGGUCUGUUCUGCGCCAUCGUGCUGCUCUUCAUCAUGCUCCUCUUCGUCAUCAUGACUUUUUUAGACUUGUUCUUAGUUUUCUUCAGAUUUUGCCUUUUUUGA